CUACGUCGCGUUUUUCGCGUCCGUGUCCAAUCGUCGGUGACCUUCGAGACUUUUCAAAUUUGAACCGCAAAAUCGAUCAACUGUCGUCGAUCUCUCUCGUGAGUAUUCGACAGCAGGACCAGAUUUACGAGAUAUUCGCGCGCGGUGAAACCAUGAAGGACCGUUAAAAAUCAUUCAUCCUGUGGAUUUCGUAUCGGACCGUUCGCGAGGAACAAAGGACUCCACGAUGUUCACGCCGAUCAAGUCCGCAGGUAUCGUCGUGCUGAAUGACACGAUAUUAAACACACCGCAGCCGCAAGCUUCGUCGACCGUUCAACGAAAAAACACGUUGGAAAAUAAAUAUUGCAGCGGAGACUCCAGUCAAGAAAAACACAAGCGAGUGCCAUGUGGUAGUCAGACAGACGAUACGGACGAUUCUUCAUUAGGUCUUCUUGAUAACAUAUCGGUUCUCACAAAUGUUAGUGUUGCGGAUGAGGAACAGAAGUUGAAUUAUACUAACGUGAAUAAAGAGCUCGAGUAUGCUAGGAAAAUUCUCCAGAAGUGCAGUAACUUACGGAACUCUCCUGUGACUAUAGAUAUGAAUAAAGAAAAUGAUGUAAAUGUACAAAACAUAACAGGCAUUUUGCCUGCAUCAGGUUUCGCAUUAUCAAACAAAACUUAUACUCCUGUUCAGGAUCAGGAAUGUAACGUGAAUCACUUGGACAAGGUUAACACGACCAAUAUUACUUUUGAGCCUAAUGAAAUAUCAGCGCGCUCAUCUGGCCUAAGUAAUAGCGUAGGAGAGCAGUCCCUUUUAAAUAUACCUUCCGACCGGAUUAACUUUCAUAGCAUGGCAGAGGAGUUCAUGGCACAGUUUAACAAGGAAUUCGAUGAAGAGUUUCUAUCUAGCUCACAAGCGCCUGCACAGUUGUCAAUCGAUGAGGCUCACUGGCGACAAAGUGAUUCACAUUCCAUGCCAAUAAGUAAUACUACAGAAAAACAGGAAUUAGAUUGCUCUGCUUUCUCCGGUAUCAUCGGACAGGUUGAUUUAUCGAUAGCAUCUUGCGCUGGAAGGAAGGUAUCUGUCGGUCAAUAUUUCAAACGUAAAUGUAACAUGGGAAUGUUGGGGAAUGAUGACAAGUUGAGACCAGGUUUUGACGUCACCUCGGAAACUCCUAUGAAAAGGGGCAAUUUGAGGCCGUUGAUCGAUUCGACGCUCAUGGCGGAUGCGACCAAGUUAUCAUCAAUGGAGCCAAAGGAGAAGGAACACGAAUAUGUCUCGAACGCGACGGUUAACGCGGGUGAAAAUAGUAUUUUAAGUUUGAGCACUAUCGCCAGUACUUUGCAAGAUGUCAAUAGCGAAACGCCACGGCGAUUAGUUGACCAGCUCUUAAUGGCACAGAAAAAGAAGAAAUAUUCAAUAAUAGAAGAACACAAGAGGGAGACCUAUACGAUGCCCCUGGAGAGAAAGUCCAUGUUAGCGGCGUCUACUGAAAAUUCCAAUAAAUUUGAUGACAAUAUGAGUCUAGUGAAUCUCACGUCAAAAUUAUCACUGGAUAGUAGGACUACGAACGAAGCAAUUGACAAGGAAAGAAUCUCAAGAAUGCUGUCAUUUGCUUCGAGCAAGAAUAUAAAGGAAGCUGAAUCCCUUGAGAGUGUAUGCGAAGUAUUAAAAGAAAACACCAAUGACAAAAAUGUAACUUCUUCGUCUAACAAGGACGCAGUAGCCAUAAUAUCAGCCACAGAUUUUAAGUUGCUCUUACAAAAAUCGGCAUUGUCUCUGUCGUCCAAUGACAAAUCAAAUGUAUUCUCCUGCGUGCCGCCUACAAUAGGUGAAAAAAGUUGCGAUGAAGAGAGCUACAGUGAUAUGAAUAUGCAAAAGAUAGAAAGAAAAGAAGCGACUAAAGCGGAAGCUUCCGAUAACACGAUGGGCACACUGUUUACAGAAAAUACGAAAACUGGAAAGCAAUUUGAUUCAAAUAGCGAUGUAAUAAUUGGCAAGAAUACGGAACAGUUAUGCAAUUGCAUUAUUGGCAUGACUUGUAAAGCUAACAUAGAACUGGUAAACAAAGGAGACUGGUGGAUCACGUGCAAAUUAAAGCUGAGCGAAGUACGAGGAGAUCAGCAGAAUAUUACAUUAAGUAUUCCCGAAGAUGCAAUUUUAAUACAGCCUAAUGGUGUCCAAUCUGCGAAGAUCGAGGUGAAAGUAACAAAAAUGUGCAAACCGAUCAUCGCGGUACUAAAUAUAAUUAUGUCGGACAUGGUGGUCAAGUCGAAAUGGUUUAUGACGCACAUGAUCUGCUUCAAACCGGAAGAACUUGAACUCGAUAUCAUAUGCAACUCGCAGGGCAAGCAGGAAUUGGAUUUUCAAUGCAUAGCGGAGAAUACAGCAAAAGUUCUGCCUGUAAUAUUUCAUAACAAGAAUAACAUUAAUGUACCUGUGAAACUCUCUAUAUUACAUGAAGGACCAAAAAUAUUCAGUAUCGAAGAUACUUUCAACGGAAUAGUAAAGCUGAAUGAAUCACAUGACGAAUUGACUCAUUUGGUACUUAAACCUCAAGAGAAAUUCACUGCCAGUAUAAAGUGCGAAAGGUCGCAACUUGCGUCAAUUGAUUGUUCGCCGAAACAGCCGCGAUAUUGGAGGAGUAAACUGAUCAUAUGUAUACAAUGUGGCGACGGAACGAUGUUACUUUUGAAAGAAAUACCCCUCUGUGCGCAAACCGGCAUUUGUAGGAUUCAAGUCAUCGACACGGAGGCGCCUAUGAUUGUUUCCAGACAGCACGGCAAAUUGCUCAACGUCGUUAAUUCGGGAAAUAUCGCGACGCGCGUGUACGCCACUGUCGUACCAAUCGACGGAUAUCUAAGAGCGGUGCAAGAAUUCUCUAUAAAACCAGGCGACAUGUCGCUACAACCCGAGGAGAGAGGAGCGUUCUUAAUCGCGUACAAAUCGCAGAUUCCCGACGCGAAGGAUGUGAUCGAAGAGAGGUGUGCGAAGGUAAAAUUGGUCGCCGGUAGCAGCGUCUACUAUUACGCCGUUAGUGCUGAGCAGAAGCCGUUGGAAGCGGAAAGUGAGAAUUACCUACGUUGCGACACACCUUGCAAUUUGGUGUCCACGAGUUCCCCGACAUCGCCGCAAAGUGUGACCUCCAGUAGGUCCGGGACUUAUCAAGGUAGAAAUUCACCGAGUAGCGUAGUGUCCAGCGUGGCCGUAGCUGGAAGUGCGAUCCCGAUCAGAGCGACGCACGCUGCUCUGGUGUGGAAUAGCGUGAAAACGAGCAAGAGCGAGAUCAAGGAAUUUACAAUCCGUAAUACGAGCAAUAAUAAGAUCAAGAUCCAGAUAAACAUAUGCGACGACACUAAAAGCUUCAAGUUCCUCGGAGACAGGCAGACUACGAGCAUAAGCAUGGUACUGGCGAUGCAGCGUACAGAAAGCAAAACACUCGCGGUCAUGUUCAAUCCGUAUCGCGUGGGUCCGGUGGCUGGGAAAAUCACCAUCAAACAUUACGCGCCUGCGAAGGAGGGCCGUGAAUCUCAGUACAGAAGAAUACCCCUGUAUGGAUACGGCGGCUGUGGCAAAAUGAAGAUCUCGGAUACGUUUAAAGACGCGAGUGGCAAAAUAUGGUUGGCGCUUGGUACUUUAUCGUCCGGAACCACCGCUCUCAGGGCGAACAUCACACUGCAAAAUACCGGCGACUUGUGCACAUUCGCCAAGAUCAAAGUUGUACCAAAAGUUAAUUCUCCAAAAAUGGAUUCUAGCUGGCGCGUAAGUCCAACAGAAUUAAUACUUAGUCCUAAAGAAUCUCGACAAGUGUCAGUAGAAUUCUAUCCUAAGAAGGAAGACUUUGCGAUAUUGCAACAUUGCGUUGCAGAUGUGUCGCAUGUCGCGACGAUAAAUAUCGUUUACGGGGAUGAGCCGACCCGGUGGCGAAUACGUAGAUUGUACAAUAAGAUAAAAGAGUCGGGUGAGUUGGCUGGAAAUGAAAAUGAAACGUUCAAAAACGUCGUGCAUCCCAUUUGUAAAACUUUCUCCGGGGAGCAGUUGAUCUCUGGUUUAACAUUGAUACGCGAUCCCGUUCAAAGCCUAAAUGACCUUUGUACCGGAGUUCAGCAGUACGAAAUAAUGCUCACAGUGGAGGCUUGCGCGGACGAUGACACUUUGCCCAUUCUUCAUGACAAUGAUGAUGAAUCACAAAUGUAUUAUUCUUUGAUAAGUGAUAACAGUCACAUGGAUGAAGUGGGCGGAGCAAGUUUCUUCUCUUCGCAAACCAUGAGUGAAUACGAAGCUUCACAUCACGACUCACGGGAGGAUCAUUUCACCGUAAAUCCACCCAUUGUCACUUUAAAUCCCCCGGUAUGCAAUGAGGCGACCGUGACUAUUUUCAGCUUCUUCAAAGUGCCCCAACCAUUCCAGACCAAUCUGUCGAGCCCGAAUUAUCUCAGCGUUGUUCCCGCAGAAGGAACGCUUCCUAGCAGGACACUUUUCACCCUGAAGAUACAAUGUUCGCAGAGAAUAGAACGUAACAUGCAGGAUGUGCUCGAGAUUUAUACGGAGAAUAAUAAGAAAGAUGUGUUGAUUCAAGUGAGCGUGAAGCGACAGUGAUGAAAUAUCCUGCGAUGCGAUCAGAAUAUUUAUUUCUCUCGACUCUCGUUGCUGUAAUCAAUGGAUUUUAUAUAAGAGCAAUAUUUUUUAUUAAUAGAC